AUGAACAUUUGUGAGUGCGUGAGUGUAAUUUAUUUUUUAUUGCUUUUAGACAACGAGAAGAGGAAGAUCGCCUGUUGCUCCGCCCACUACAAAAAACAUAUGUAAAUUUGUCAAUUUAAGGCAAAACAAUAAAUUUAUUUGGCAAACAAAACUGAAAAGCUGCGCAGCCCUGCAAAGUGAGCUGUAACAGCCAGAAAUAGUGUAAUACCUACGGUAAACUGUCUGCCUCACAAUAAAAGUCAAGUGCGUGCCACUUAACAACCAGUCGGCGAAGAGAGAGGGAGCGAGAGGAAUAUAGAGCGAGAGAGAGAGAGAGAGAGAUACACAUACAAACAGGAGUGAGGUGCUUUGUGUCAUUGACAAAGUAACGCAUCGCGAGAUAAGAGGCAACAAGAAGCAGCCAACGACAACGCUCGAUAAACGACAAACAAAAUGAGCACCACCAUCACCAGUAGGAGCAGCAGCAGCGGUAGGAGGAGAAGCAGCAGCAGCGGCAGCAGCAGCAGCAGCAGCAUCAGCAACAACGGGAGCAUCAAAGAGCUGAUAGCGCAACUAUUGCUUCUUAUCAGCAUCACAUCGAGCUUGCCGGGCAUUGCGUGCUUUCAGCGUUUCUCGGAGCAGCCCAAAUACACGGAGGUGAAUCCACGGGAGGAUGCGUUGCUCACAUGCAAAGUAAUCGAUAAGCGUGGCUCGUGCUCCUGGCAAAAGGAUAACAAGCCCGUUGGCAUCUAUCCGAAGAAAUACGAAUGGGCCGCACGUCCCUUGAGCGGCAAUGGCGCCUUACAUCUGGAUCUACAUCCGCCGCCGCCCAUGCAAAUCGGUGGCGAUUGCUCCCUGUGGAUACGCUCGGCCACUCUCGACUUUGACGACGGACUGUGGGAGUGCCAAGUGACGGCCAGUGAUUUUACCGCACAGGAUGCGCUCACCAGUCAACCGGUGCGAUUGGUUGUACGUGUGGCGCCACAACGUCCACGUCUGGAGUUUGAGAGCGCCCCAUUGCCGCCGGGUCACAACAUAACGGUAGAUGCUGGCGCUGUCGCAACAGUGAAAUGCGCUUCACAUUAUGGUAAUCCUCCUGCAACGCUCAAAUGGUAUUUGGGCGACCAGGAAAUCUCUCCCAUCCACCCGCAACUGAAUGCCACCGAACCGGAUAAUACACGCACCUGGUCAGCCACAUCGGUGGUGCAGGUCUCCGCCAUGAGAGAGCGCCAUGGCGACAUGCUGCGCUGUGUGGCCUUCCACGAGAAUUAUGAGGCGAAAUCGGUGCCUGUCGAGGCGCGCAUGGAUGUCAAAUACGCGCCAACCAUUCGUCUAAUUGGCUCACCGGAAAUCGACUUGGAAGAGGAUAAGGAUGCGCUUGUGCUGCGCUGCGUGGCCGAUGCCAAUCCGCCGGCCAGCAUCGUUUGGCGACGUGCCGGACGCUCCGAGAUAGCCAGCUUGCAGGAAACGCUUCAGUUACGUCCUGUCGGACGGCGCGACGCUGGUUUAUACACCUGCCAGGCACAGAACUCAGUGGGCACCUCGGAGCAGCUGUCGGUGCAGUUGGACGUGAAAUAUCCACCGAAAAUAACUUCAGCCGGCCCGGACCGUCUAACCACAGCGCCACUCUUCAGUCCCGCCGCCUUCGAGUGCGUCGCCAAUGGCAAUCCCUUGCCGGCCUACAAAUGGGUCCAGAGAAUGUCACAUGGCUCAAAGUAUGUGGAGCGUGGCAACGAGCCUCGUCUGGUCAUAGAUAAUGUCACCUAUGAGUAUCAGGGCGAAUAUGAGUGUCGGGCCACCAGCUACAUCAAUGGCCAGGAGCGGGUUGCCAUAUCCGACCCAGUCUCGCUGCAAGUUGUGGGCGCACCGCAAGUGCUUCGACUGCAUCCCUCCAUGCAUACGGUGUCUGUGAAGCGCGGUGAACCCGCCAGCCUGACGAUGGUCGUCUGUGCGGAUCCUCGUCCACUGCGCGUUGCCUGGGAAUGGGGCUCGCUGCGUUUGGAGGCCGGUUCGGGCAUAGAUCGCUUCCGUGCCGAUGAUAUGCUGCAGGACACGCGGGAGGAUUGCUACCUGUCCACGUUGCACAUUCACCACACAGAUGAGCACGAUUCACGACCCUACUAUCUUGUGGUAGAGAACGAGCGGGGCACCGAUCGUCAUGCCAUUCAUUUGAUUGUGGAGGGUACGUUUGCAGAACCUUUGGAAAUGAGCUACUUGUUGGGCGUUGCCGGCGGCUGCAUGGCCGCCAUUUUAAUCCUGAUCUGCCUCUGCAUCUAUGCCAUAAAGAGCAAAAAGUGCUGCUUCAAGGGUUCCACUGGCUAUAAAUCAUCGGAUAAGGACAGCGAAAAGGCUGAUUUGAAAUCACGCUCGGAUAGCACAAGUGGCCCCCAAGGUGAUUCAAUUUACACAACGCCCGCCGGUUUCCAUCAUCACCAGCAACAUCAGCAACAACAACAUCAACAGCAGCAGCAGCAACAGCAGCAGCAGCAGCAACAACAACAACAGCAGGCUGCUGCGGCAGCAGCAGCAUUGCAUGCAGCAUCGCAGCAUGCUCAACAGCAACAGUAUGCGGGACAUGGAUCGCCGGAGGCAAUGAAGUUGAAAGUAAAGAUAUAUGAAACAGCAUCUUUGCAGAAGCCAAUUAAAAUUGAAAUUACGAAGGACAAUGCGCCAAAUGCCCCAGCGCAUAAUAAUUAUAAUAUUGAUGAUGAUGAUGAAUAUGAUGUUUGAAUCUCAAGUGAAAUGCAAUGUAAAUGUGUGCACCGUGUAUUUAAUUUUUAUUACUAAG